GGUCUGAACUAUCAGGGUUUCCGGACAGACAUAUGUGUUAACAACCCCGGCCUUUUGCAAUCCGUCACAUUUUUCCGACAUUGGCCGAAUCUGAGAUCGGGAAUCAUCGGUGAACGGAAACAAAAGCAUUGAAAGGAGAGAUUCUAUUGAAAUGAAAUUCUAUUUGUGGCGAUCUUGAUGCAGGCAUCCUCCAGCAAAUUCUGCAGAUCAAUAACUCUUCCUCGCUCCGACCAGCUUUGCAUCCGAUCGAUCGAUUGACUGACUGAGCAUGCGCGGGAUCGAAGAAGGAGUAUGGCGGACGGUCUUCCUCCCGUGAUACCAGUUGGUUGCGAGAGUGACCCCUGACUUGUUUAGGCUAUGUCCUAUUAACGUGGAAGCUUCAUUCGACGCUUGUCAGUCACAGUUCCGUCGUUGGCCAUCAGGUACUGCUCACUCAACCACGCUCAGCAGGACAGAGGCCUUGAAACAGAAGCUGACGACUCUAAUAGACGACCUAUUCUCGUGCAGUAUUUACACAGCAUCUCGUUCCUGCCACUGCCUCUCUUUCCCGCCAUUUCCUACAGCAGACGACGAGGAGCAGACGUCACUGUUAAACACAUCUACUACCGCGACGUCGAUGUAAAACUUGAAGACGGCUUUCUUUGCUCUCUGCAUGGAACCAAUGCGUGUCAAUUGAAAGGCAGCUAACGUGUCCGUCUGUCUGCUUCAACGUUUGUUCAUCACUGAUUAAGGAAUCAUUAAAUUAUAGAACAUUAUAGAACCGACUUAUAUUAAUCACGUAAACAGUUCAAUUGGAAGAAUUAAGGUUCAGAGGCAAGAACUGAAGAAACGCAGAAGAAGUCAUCAGCUCAUUGUUCCCCUGAGCAUCAACCCACAGCACCACCUGUUGCCCCACCUGUUGCGCCACUCCCUCUCCAUGAUGAUCCGACUGGUAGUAACCGCCGUCUACAUCGUCUCCGGCUUCCACGCCUUCUUCGGGUUACUUAGCGUUGUCGUCGGUGUCAUAUCCAGCAUCAAGGCAGAGGUGUGGCUUGCCCACAGUGUAUCGCCCAUAUGGAGCGGGGGAUUUUUUAUCAUAACUGGCACACUUGGGGUCCUGUGCGCAAGAAAGAAGUCAUCUUACGUGAUAAUGUGCUUCACUGCCUUCUCAGUGGUUUCCCUAGUAACGGCUGUGGUCAGCAUCCAGCUGCUGAGACUCGGUCUGGUCAACCACACGACGGACGGACACACCUUUCAGAAAGAGAACAAGGACAUUCUCAUCUUCGUUGCCCUGGCAACGGCGGGGUCCGAGUGUCUAGUGUGCCUUAUCUCCAGCGCCCUGAGUUGCCGUAUAGCGAAGGUUGCCAAGGAGGAGAUGUGUAAACGGCGAGAGGGCAUGUUCCAUGUUAAGGUAUUAGGUCAAAAGGAUAUCGUAGUAGUAACCCGACCCUUCACUCAAAAUGAAGACGUCACCGCUGUGUGAGCUUUACGUCAUCACUUCCUGCACCGCUCUCCCUGCCUCUCCUCGCCUCUGCCACCCGGUUCAACAGAACACUGACCUCUUCCUUUAGUGAUGACGUCACCACCCAUCCUCCAUGUCCCGAAAAAGUUGUGUCUGUUAGACUUCUGUGACGUCAGUCCGUCCGUUCCCGUCAAGCUCCUGCUGCUGCUUCUUGUGUGCCCUGUGUUCCUCAGCAUCUCCCAGUGUCGCUGUAUAUGUAUGUUUUCCACACAGGAGGAUGGGGAAGAUGAGGAGGGGGAGGGAGGCGGUGACGAUAACCCAACGACGCUGGCCGGUCACGUGACCAAUUCACAGCCUCUAGAGGAGGGGGGAGUGGAACUGGACAUUAUGUCUCCAAGAACUGCCGAUAGAACGCAGAAAGAGAGGACACCUUUUGAUAUCCGAGAAAUCGUGAAGGAGUGUCAGUCGGACUCUAAUUAUGAGAACCAGCGCGGCGAAACAACGUGUGACAUACACACGCCGUUCUAUGUGACCAACAUACAGGAACCAUCGCAGAGAUUGUGGGACCUGGGUAACGCCCAGAGAUACAUUUGCACAGAGCCUGUCAGUCUCUUCGGGGGAGGUAACUCGAGCAGAGACUCCAUCCUUCCCAGUAUCCAGUCCUGACACCAGCAGUAAUAAGAACAAAGGGGAGAUAACCCGUCUCGGAGAGAAGCAAUGGAGAAAAAUGCAAUACAAGUAGAGACUAUGACCUGUGAUUUUAGGAAAGGUGCCAAAUUUCCCUGAUUUGCCAAAUAAUAACAUUACAAGGGAGUGGUCGAAACUUCUAUAAACAGCAAUUCAACCAUCGUUGCGUGUCCAUGCGGGGUCGGUGAGACUCUGAACACUCAAUAAUCCAUGAACCUUACGAAGCUCAGAGGCAAUAUUUGCAAUAGGAAUCGUUAAGCAUGUGCUUUGCAUGGCUGGGACUCUCGUGUGCUUUGUUCAUUGAUAUUCACACUUUCAUGUUCAGAAACUGUUUCAUUUCAAGCAGAUUACGUCACAGUUCGUAAUGUGUAGGAAACAUCGUCAUGAAACAUCAUAGUAUUUUGGCAGAUGCGUUUUUUGCACGAAGUAAUCAAUAUAUAUGCAGUGCUUUUAUUCUCUUGUCUUUGAAUUUAGCAUGACAAUUCACAACGCCAGGUAAUACCGCAGAAUUUGAGGAGGUGAAAAGCUUUGAUAUUUUACCAUAUAUAAUAUUUUUUCUUCUUUUCAAUGGGGAUAUCCUUGCACCAUGUGAUGGGUGAAGUGGCAUGUGAUUGGUGAAUCGUGAUCACGUGUUUCAUAUGUUAUUUGGUGCAUGAGGCAUGCCACUCGACUGUUGUGUUGUUAUAUAGUUUUAGUUAAAACGUAGCCCGUUAUGUCACCUAUUUUAAAAGAAACAAACGUGUAUGAAGUGAGAUAUGAUUAAAAUGUAUAGAGGCUA